AUGACUGCACCAGAGUUCAAACUUGGAAUACAGGACUAUUUCGGGCCGUUAUGCUCGUUCUUCUGGUUCCUCGGAGGUUUAUGGCUCAUUUCGGUGCUGAUUAUCCGACCGUUCUACGUGGAGUCCGAAGAAGUUCGACCCGUUCGGGCUUUCUAUUUCAGGAGGAAGAAGGUCAGUUUGAAAUGGGUUGGGGGCGCAAUAGGGCAAUCUUUGGGAAUUUUUGAUGAUUUUGGGCAUUUUUUGAUGAUUCUGGGAACUAGUUAUGAGUUGUUUCAUUUUAGAAAACAGCCAAAAAGUCGAAGGAGUCCGAAAAAUUAAAGAAAGCCAAAGCUUCGCCGAAGAAGGCGGACGGCGAGGCUAACAAAAGCGACGAGUCAAAGAAGAGCAGCAAGGAUUCGAAGGACUCGAACAGCAAGGUUGAAAGCAAGGCCCCCAAGGACUCGAAUAACAACACCCCUGGCAGCACAGCUCCUCCAUCUGAAUCCGACACUAAGUGA